AUGACCUCUAAAAAUGCCAUCAAGACGGGGAGAAGGUAUCUGAAUAAGGAAGAAGACGAGGUAGAAAAAGAGAAGAAAAAAAAAUGGAAGCCAACGAGGAAAAAAAGGGGGACGAUGCUUGAUGCAUGGUGUAAAAAUAUCCAUAAACCCAUUUCAAGGUGGAUUCUUCCUGCAGAUACCCAAGGAAUCUACAGGCAGAGAGCCAGAUGUCUCCCACCUCCUGUGUUCAUUACCACCAUCAGUACUAUGCAGCUUGUUAUCUUCAUUUACUAUGCCUUUUGGAAGCCCCUGGAAACCUUGGAGAGAGGCAUCUGGUACAGUCCAUUCAUCUAUCGUCCUGACAAGAGGCAAGAAGCUUGGAGGUUCCUCUCUUACAUGAUGGUGCAUGCUGGGUUUCAACAUAUUUGUGGAAAUUUGCUUAUGCAGCUUAUUUUGGGACUUCCUUUGGAAACGGUUCACAAGGGUCGUCGAGUGGGGCUGGUGUACCUGUCAGGAGUGAUUGCAGGAUCUCUUGGAAGUUCAGUCUGGGACCCUUUCCAAGCUCUAGUUGGGGCUUCAGGAGGAGUCUAUGCUCUCACAGGAGGUUAUUUUAUGAAUGUUUUAGUGAAUUUUAAAAACAUGGUUCCUUUGUUUGGACUUUUCAGACUAUUGCUCAUCUUGCUCAUUGUUGUAUUUGACAUGGGAUUCGCCCUCUACAGAAAAUUCAUUAGCCCUGAAAGUGGGCCUGCGAUAUCCAUUGUAGCUCACGUUGCUGGUGGCGUGACUGGGAUGACUGUAGGUUUCUCUGUGUUUAGCUGCUUUCAGAGGGAGCUGCUGAAAGACUCGACGUUUCACCUCGCAAGCACUAUUUAUUUUGUUUAUGUUUUAUCUGCUGUGUGUUUCAACAUCUUUUUGUCACCGGCAAACUGA